AUGAAGAAGAAAACUAUAUAUGCCCUAAAUGUGGACGAUCAGGACUAUGAAGAUAUGCAAGGUGAAGAAGACAAAGAAAAUACUGCUACCACUAGUGUGUUGUCCAGUGAAGCUGAUAGAUGUCCAAAAUGUCUCAGUUGCCUGUUAGAGAAGGAAAUUGGUUUUCCAGAAAGCUGUAAUCAUGUCUUCUGCUUGACCUGUAUUCUUAAAUGGGCAGAGACACUGCCUUCAUGUCCUAUUGACCGGAAACCUUUUCAGGCGGUGUUUAAAUUCAGUGUAUCAGAAGGUUGUGUUAAGGUUCAAGUAAAAAGACAGUUGAAAGAAACAAAUGACAAGAAAAAUGAAAGUUCUUUUAAGAAGCAGCUAUCCUGUCAGGAAAAUUCUAAAAGCUGUAUGAGAAAAAAGAUCAUAAGAGAAGAUCUAUUAAGUGCAAAACUUUAUGACUUGAAGAUGAUACACAGAAACUCUAAAUACAAUGAAAUGGGAGGAAAGAAAAAUUCAAUAAUAAAGACAAACAAGCCUCGAGGAUCAAAUCCAUGUACAAAUCAGUGCUUCAGGAAUUUUUCCUCCAAUGUCUUUUCUUCUAGUUACACUGGAGAAUCUUCUUUUGCCUAUACGGCUUACUGUACAGAAUUUAUAGAAGUCAAUGAAGUCAGUGCUUUGAUUAGGCAGAAGAGACAGGAACUGGAAUUGUCAUGGUUUCCUGAUACAUUACCUGGAAUUGGAAGAAUUAGUUUUAUACCCUGCAAUAUUGAAAUAGAAGUCCUUCCUCUCAUCUCUUCUGUGUUGCCAAGAACUAUUCUUCCAACAAGUACCAUAUCUUUAGAAAAUUUUGGUACUUCUUGCAAAGGCUAUGCAUUAGCACAUACUCAAGAAGGGGAAGAGAAGAAGCAAACUUCUGGUACCUCAAACACCAGAGGAUCAAGACGAAAACCUGCAGCAGCAACACCUACAAGAAGAUCUACACGUAACACAAGAGCUGAACCAGUCAGUCAGUCUCAGAGAUCCCCAGUAUCAAAUAUUUCUGGGUGUGAUGCCCCAGAUAACAAUAAUCCAUCUGUAAGUGUUUCCUCUUCAGGUGAGUCAGAGAAGCAAACAAGGCAGGCUCCAAAACGGAAGUCUGUAAGAAGAGGAAGAAAACUACCUUUAUUGAAAAAGAAACUUCGAAGCUCUGUGCCUACCCCUGAAAAAUCAUCUUCCGGUGAUUCAGUUGAUGAAGAAGUAGCAGAACCUGACAUACCAGCUGAGUUAGAGAAAGAACACCAAUCAGAUGUAGAAAGUAUUAACACUGUGCAGAUAAAUGUAGAAGAUGAGUCUGCUAAUGGCUUAAGAAGUUGCAGUGAGCCAUUAAAAGAGAGUGAAGAAUGUGCUGAGACCCAUGAUACAGAGGAAAGAGUAGAAACUUUACAUUCUGAGUCUGGUACCCAAGAUCCUCCUGUGUUAUUUGGAGGGGAGGAGGAAAUUCAAGAAGUUGAGAAUACAGGUAUAGAAGUUAAUGUUUUAUGUCUGGAAGGUGAGAUUUCUGCAAGUACUUCCAAAAAAGGAAGUGAUUCAUUGGGAAAUCAAGACCCAGUAGCUGAACCUUCAGAAUCAGAAAUAAAAGCAGAUAUAUGUAUAGAUCAUGCUCCAAAUGAUUCUCUUACAUGUUCAGGAUCUGAAAUUGAAGUGUACCAACCCGCAUCAAGCUUAGGUGAGUUACCUGAGAAUGCGGAGUCAAUAGUUAAUGAAGAAAAAGUUAUGGAGAGUCCUGUGGGUGUUCCUGCUCCUUUGAUGAACAUGCAGCGCAGUCCGUUCAGCAUUCAUCCUCAGCUGCCCUUGCACCUGCACACCGGAGUACCUCUCAUGCAGGUGGCGGCUCCUAGCGGAUUAUCUCAGAGACUGCCGCCACCACCGCCCCCUCCCCCACCAUCCCAGCAAGUCAGCUACAUUGCUUCACAGCCGGAUGGAAAGCAGUUGCAGGGUAUUCCUAGUGCUUCUCAUGUAAGUAGUAACAUGAGUACACCAGUCUUGCCUGCUCCGACAGCAGCCCCAGGAAAUAUGGGAACAGUUCAGGGACCAAGUUCUGGUAAUACUGCGUCAUCAAGUCACAGCAAAGCUUCUAAUGCUGCUGUAAAAUUGGCGGAAAGCAAAGUAAGUGUUACAGUGGAAGCCAGCGCAGAUAGCUCGAAGACAGACAAGAAACUGCAAAUUCAAGAAAAAGCAGCACAGGAGGUAAAAUUGGCCAUUAAGCCAUUUUAUCAAAAUAAAGAUAUCACCAAGGAAGAAUAUAAAGAGAUUGUACGGAAAGCAGCAGAUAAAGUGUGUCAUAGUAAGAGUGGAGAAGUAAAUUCUACUAAAGUGGCAAAUCUGGUUAAAGCCUAUGUAGACAAAUACAAAUAUUCACCGAAGGGAAGCCAAAAGAAAACUCUGGAAGAACCUAUGUCUGCUGAUAAAAACGUGUGCUGA